AUGGAAAAACUGUUUCACGACGAUAUGGGAGGACAAGAGAUAUUUGUAAUAAGCACCACUCCCACGUAUCGAUGGGUGCCUAGAGCAACUCCGGGAGCAUCCUACUUUACAAGUCUCGAUUUGAAGAGUGGUAUCACCGAGUGCGGAUCCAAGCCUCUGACGUUCCCAAGACGGCGUUUAAUACCCGAUAUGGUCAAGUACUUCAAUAGAAUCAACUACGAUCAAAAGCUAUGGAGUGAUAUCUUUGAACAUGCUGAUCUUGUCCGUCGGAAUAAGGACGAGGACAAGCUACAGGGAUUCCAAGUCAUGGACACAUCAAGUACAGAAUGUGACCAAGGCGUGUUGCGCUCCGUUCAACACGAUUCAGCUAUCUCCAAAAGAGAUGAAGACACCAACACUACUGAGAAUAACAGCUCCACAUCGGACAAUAACAUUACGGAGACAAUACCACCACGGGGCGAGAUGCAUACAACGAAUGUGAUGAAUGCGGCGCCAAAGAUUCAAUGCCCAGCUCCAAACCGUGAUCACAUUGGCGAUGUGGAUGUCAGCAUGUUGUUCUAUGCAUUUUAA